CGGCAAUCUUACGUGCUUACUGCUCCCCAUCCAUCUUGACGCUAUAGUCAUCAUUUGACAAUUUUCCCACACUCAGUUGCCCUGUAACCUUUUGACACAAUGGCCACGCCACCCUCGUACACCAAGGUCACUCACUCCGCCACAUAUGCCGGCAUUAAUCCCACUCAACCCGGUCUCUCCACGGCGGGCAAGGUUGUGUUAAUCACUGGCGCAUCGGGCGGUAUUGGCCGUGCCACAGCCUCAUCCUUUGCUGCAUCGGGCCCCCGAGCCCUCAUCCUCCUGGGUCGACGCGCCGACGCCCUGGCAGAAACAGCCACGAUUGUUCGCGCCAGUCACGCAGCGGUAACGAUUCAAACCUACGAGGCUGAGCUGUGUGAUGCUUCGAGCGUACGCAAUGCCAUGAACAAGGUAGCUGCUGAGUUUGGUGGCAUUGACAUCCUUGUCCACUGUGCCGGCGUCCUGGCUCCCGUGGUUCCCCUUCUGGAAGUGGAUCCGGCCACUUUCCUGGUCGGUUACAAGACGACCGUGGUUGGUACGCUCGUGACGGCACAGGCGGUCGUCCUGGCGAACCAGUCUGUCAACGCCAACGAGAACAAGCCCGUCACCUUGAUCAAUCUCACCACGGCCGGCAUCCUGUUCCCCCCGUUCCCCGGUAUGGGUGCCUACGUGAGCAGCAAGAUGGCCGCCGUCAAGCUCUUACAAUCUUUUGCUGCCGAGAACCCUCAAGUGCGUGUUCACAAUGUGCAUCCCGGACUUCUCCGCACGGCCAUGUCUGCCAAGCUCGCAGAGACGAUCCAAUUGCCAUAUGCCUAUGAUGACAUCUCUCUCCCCGCCGAUUUCCUUGUCUGGAUUGCCUCCCCCGAAGCGGAGUUUCUCAAAGACAAGAUCGUCUUCGCCUCUUGGGACGUCGAGGAGCUCAAGGCUCGCCAGAAGGAGAUUGUCGGGGGCCUGCCGGGAACUGGUGAGCUCUGGCUCGGCUACCAAGGAUUUCCACGAUUCAUUGCUGGUCAGCCUUUACCGGGCACCCAAUAGGCGAUCGGUAUUCUGCAUGGGCAGUCGCUAUCCUAGGCUGAGUGGACUGUGCACACACUAGUAGUCGAUUAAACAAGUACAUGAACUAUCUACACAGUAGAACACUAGUGCGAAGACGCCAAUGAAAUGAAUGUUAGAAUCCUUAU